AUGAAGAGCCAUAACUCCCACUCGAAGCGGAUAAGCAGACUAUUUUCCCUCUGCCGCCCCUCCAAGCGCUCAAUCUGGGAUCCUCCAGCCUACGAGGAAUCCCAAGAAGCACAUAAAUCCAUACACCCUCAAGCGGACCCCCGCGAGCUGCCCCCAGACUCCGGAGACGCCGACUGCCGCUACGCAUUCUUAAAGGACUUCGACACAGUCUUCCUCGUUGACGACAGCAGCAGCAUGACCGCGCGCGACCGCAACAGCUGCAAAACCCGCUGGCAAGAAGCAGAGGAAGCUAUCGCCGCGAUCGCACCCAUCUGCACGCAAUACGACCAAGACGGCAUUGACAUAUCCUUCCUGAACCACCAGGGCAGCUCGUACAGCAACAUCACAACAGCCCACGACGUGGCCGAGAUCUUUCACAGGGUCCGGCCGCGCGGGUCGACACCCGUUGGCCGGCGACUACUGGAGAUCCUGACGCCGUACCUGCGGCGGGUGGAGCAGAUGCAGGCGUCACGGCGAGAGGACGGGACGCUGGCUAAUGCGGCGCUCUAUGUGAAGCCGAUCAAUGUUAUUACAAUUACGGAUGGCGAGUUCACGGAUGAUGCAGAAAGUAUCAUUGUGGAUGUUGCGAGGAAGCUGGAUAAGAUUCAUGCGCUGCCGUGGCAGGUGGGGAUCCAAUUUUUCCAGAUUGGGGAUGAUCAGGGGGUGCAGAGGUAUCUGCAGGAGCUGGAUGAUGACCUGGGGAAGUGGUGUCGGGACGAGAGGUUGCGAGAUAUUGUUGAUACGCUGCCGUGGAAGGGGAAAAAGGGGACCUCAUUGGAUGCGGAUGGAAUUUUGAAGUGUGUGCUUGGGGCCGUCAAUAAGAAGCUGGAUCGGCGGACCGCGCAUGAAUGUUGA